AUGGCUAAAGAUUUCGGUUUAGACGCGAUCCUAGAGGAAAUUGGACCGUUCGGUAAAUACAACGUGAUUAAUUAUGCCUUCUUACUGUUUCCUAUAUAUUUGGCGGGAAUGUAUGGUUCGGUGUAUGUUUUCGAAGCUUCCGAUAUUCAUUACAGGUGUAACGUCCCACAAUGUGAGAACCUAAAUCACUCGGCUUGGCUUAAAUACGCGAUACCACAGGAGAAGGCAGCCUUAUCCAGGUGCAAGCAAUUUAAUGUUUUGGACAAUUCUACUUGCAGUAAAGAAGCCUUUAACACGUCAAUAAUUAAAGAUUGUAGUGAAUUGAUUUAUAGUGAUGAAGAUUCUGCUGUCCGAGAUUUCGACCUGGGAUGCCAGAAUUGGAAAAGGACACUUGUUGGGUCGAUCCACAAUGCAGGACUCUUCAUAUCCCUUCCUAUCACCGGGAUAAUGUCCGACAAAUAUGGUCGAAAGGUUGCGUUAUCUGUAGCCUCCCUGAUGAAUGGCAUAUUUGGCUUCCUCAGGUCAUUCUCCUCCAGUUACGUAAUGCUACUUAUAUUUGAGUUCCUCGAAGCUGCUUUGGGUGCUGGUGCCUAUAGUACUGCCUUCGUUCUUGCUAUGGAGCUUGUUGGACCAAAAGGUCGAGUUUUCGGUAACACCCUUAUCAACGCGGUCUACGUGACCGGUCUCAUGACCCUCGCCAGUCUCUCAUGGUACCUACAAAGCUGGAGGAACCUCCUCAGAAUCAUCUAUAUACCAGCAACAUUUGUCUUCUCCUAUCUUUGGAUACUGAACGAAAGCGUGCGCUGGCUACUGAGCAAAGGGCGCCACCAGGAAGCCGCAACAAUUUUAAAGAAGGCUGCUAAAAUGAACAAAGUGGAUCUUUCUGACAAUGUUUUAACUCCUUUGUACGAGCUGGAUAAGCUACCAACGGACGCAGAUAACGAGAAAUGCAAAGAAGACGUAGUCGAAGAGAAAGAGUCGAUGUUUAUGAAUGUGAUUAAAUCUAGUAUAAUUCGAAAGAGAGUGGCAGUCUGUUCGUUUCUGUGGAUAACUUGUACGUUUGUCUACUAUGGGCUUUCGAUAAACUCGGUGUCUUUAGCGGGAAAUAAGUAUGUGAACUUUAUGCUCGUGGCGUUUGUGGAGAUUCCGGCUAACUUCGUCUGCUUAUUGGUGUUGGACAGAUUUGGAAGGAAGCGAGUGUUGAUAACUAUGUACGUCCUCAGCGCUUGCUUGUGCAUCAGCUUGUCAUUUAUACCGAAAGGUCAAAAAUGGUGGUCGCUAGUUCUGUAUCUCUCUGGCAAGUUCUCGAUCACAGUGGCUUAUAGCUCUGUGUAUAUUUACGUUUCGGAAGUCUUCCCCACAAGGGUGAGACAAUCGCUUCUAGCUGUUUGCUCGUCAUUGGGCAGAGUUGGCUCUACUUUGGCACCGCUGACGCCGUUGCUGGCGCUGUACUACGACAAUUUGCCAGCGAUAUUCUUCGGCAGUUUCGCUCUGAUCGCCAGUCUUCUCGUCUUCUCACUUCCGGAGACCAUCAACCAACCACUACCGGAUACGAUCGAGGAAGCCGAGAGGCUUUCGCAAAGGAAGAGGAGAAAAGAAAAUGCAUGA